UUUCCAAAUAAUUUGUGUUUUUUUUUCUGCAGGAAUCCAAAGAAGUGAUGGCCAUCAAAAAAUUCAAGGAUAGUGAAGACAAUGAAGAUGUAAGAAGAACCGUUCUUAGGGAACUCAAACUUCUACGACAGCUUAAACAAGAAAACAUUGUAGAACUCAGGGAAGCCUUUAGACGGCGUGGGAAGCUCUAUCUUGUCUUUGAAUACGUAGAGAAGAAUAUGCUUGAACUUUUAGAGGAGAAUCCGAAGGGAGUAUCACCAGAAAAAGUCAGGAGUUAUAUCUAUCAGUUGAUCAAGGCUAUUCAUUGGUGCCAUAGGAAUGAUGUCAUACAUAGAGAUAUCAAGCCUGAAAACUUACUCAUCAGCUCAAAUGACACUCUAAAACUUUGUGAUUUCGGUUUUGCACGAAACCUUGAUGGGAAUAGCUCAGCCAACUAUACUGACUAUGUAGCCACAAGAUGGUAUCGAUCUCCUGAACUGUUGCUAGGAUGUGCCUAUGGUAAAGCGGUUGAUGUAUGGGCCAUAGGUUGUAUCUUAGGUGAACUUAGUGAUGGUAAUGCUGUGUUUCCUGGUGAGAGUGAGAUAGAUCAACUCUACAUGAUUCAGAAGAUCCUAGGUCCGCUACCACACUAUCAGAUGGCUAUCUUCAACAAUAGUCCUAGGUUCUCUGGCUUAAAGUUUCCUAGCAUUUCAGUCAUAGAGCCAAUUGAGAAAAAGUAUGCUGGCAUCAUCAAUGGAGUCAUGCUAGAUUUCCUAGCGCACACACUAAGAUUAGACCCAUCUGAGCGCUUCACCAUAGACCAGUGUCUUGACCAUAGGGCCUUUCACACUGAGAGGUUGCUCCGGAACGAGAUCCGGCCUAAGUCUGCAUUCACCACCAGGCGACAGGAAGCCGAUAGCGAUGGUACAGACGAGCUCUCACCUAGGGAGAGUAAGCGUAAAGCUAAAAUCGGCUUCAUUGAAAAUAAUGAAUCCCCUCAGUCCAGGAAUGAUGUGACUGGAAGAUACCAGCAACAUCUUCAGUCCAAGCUCCACAUCUCAGAGACCAGGUCAGAAGCAGACAUGGACAUGAGACCCUCAAACAGAUCAGAUGUCCUCUCACAGAUACAAACACCGCAACUCAAGUUUCUCAAGUCCAAGUCCAAAAAGAGUUCCAAAGAGAACCGAGCAGAGGUAGAGCCACGGACUGACUCCUCAGGACAUCAUGCUCCAUUGCAACCGUCUGGGAAAAACGUGGCAGGGUUCUUAAAGAGUUACACCCUUGGAGAGCGAAAAGAACACAUGAUUGAUAUGUCUGGGUCAAGCAGACAAGCUAAGUACUCGCAGUAUAAGAAAGGAGCCAUUCUUGCAAUGUCUGAACAGAAUCAAGGAGAAGAAAGUAGCCACCAUGGAACAUCUCAGAAACAUGAACAACACAAAAAACAGUAUUCAGUUGAUGAUGAAUCAUUACCGUACAAUGAGACAUCUAAUAGGACAGAAUACUUGAAUAGCACAAAGAAUACCUUGAACAAGAAAAAAUGGGACAUGGAUGACAGUGAUGACGGUCAAAGUAGGGUCAUAUCACACUGGAGCAUGAAUGGCAGCCAUGCUGGUUCAUCACAGGACCAAACUACUACAGGACAACAGGAAAAUGAGGGGGUGAAUCCCUUCGGAAAAUACCUCAAAAGUGCCUACAAGAAACAAAACAAGGAUUCAGAGAAAUCACGUAGAGAGACUCACAAUCAGGAUGUCUUGCAGAGUAAACAUGACGCAAACAAAACUAGCCAUAAAGACUCAAGAACUUCUGGGAAUGACCAUUCUGAUGAUAGGGGCUCUGAAUCCCACCAGUGUGUGGACACCCGGACAGUUAGUAAUGAUCACAGUAGACUUCCUUUACCACACAGGACAGACAAGAAGGGUACUGAGAUCCCUGGUAAUACAAAUCCAUUUGGUGCUAAGGACACUACGGACUCACAGGGUUUUGGGGGUAGGGUAUCCAACAUUGAGGGCGGUAAGCAUCCACUUUCAAUAACGGCUGAAACACCUCGGACAGUGCUUCCCAACCAGACCAAACCAUUGGUUUCCUCAGAAGGCCAUGUUGACCAGGACCGGGGUAUGGACUAUCAGGUUACGGGUGAUCCUGGUGAGAGAGGCGAUGAGAGAACAGGGAUGGAACAAGAUGAAAAGCAGCAUGAAGACACCCCAAGAACCAACCAUAAUAGAUCAAAUCCUCCACAGUAUGGUGAUAGAGGGCGCCAUUCAUCUCCUGCACCCAGGGAAAGACGGGGGAAGAUAAACCUUCCUCAACAGAUUCAAACAAUAGAAUUUGAUGCUGUAAUGGAAGCACCAGUACCAGGCCCUGAAUUGGUUCCAGGUCCUACAAGCAAGCAGUCCCAGUUCAAGAAGGAUGGUCCCUUUGAACAGAAACCUGUCAGUCUUGUAGAGACACACACAUGGAAAAACAAGGGAAACACAUUCCCAACAGAUCAACAAUGGAAGGAGGUGCAGAAAAGAAAGAAGAAGAAAAAAGCUUCAUCCUUUCUGAAUACGGACACUCAGGAUCGGAUAGGGGUGCAGAGAGCUAUCUAUGGUAACAGAGAAUGGGAUAACCGCGCCCCUCCUGAAUAUGUCAAGUCCCAGAAAUCACUCCGGAAACUAUCACAAACACCCAGCUCUGAUAAGGUAUCACGGCUCCAGCCAAUUACCAAACAACUGCCUCAGCUCUCUCAGCAAAGGUUAUCUCCUCCUACUCUGAACCCAUCAUCUCGUAUCCAUGGAGAUGAGAUGGAUAAUCACAGGCAUCAUCACCACACCCACCACCAUCAUUCCAAAUCUGAGCCGGAUUCCAGGGUAGACGUCUUCACCUCACAUGCCCCCCUCAGACCUAUCACCCCAGGGAAUGCCCUUGAUAUGCCCCACCCUGCUGGGCCAUCGGAGCUACCCACGUACAGCCAGGCAAUCAGUAGGGGUAAUAGACCGAGCACAAGGGGGUCAGAGUUUCGUGUUGUUAAGGAGACAUCAAUAUGAGCUCUUCUUUUGUGUCUAUGUGUUUGUAUAGAUACUUCAUUGACCCAUUCACACUAUUAAAAGGAUGGCGUAAGCUGGGUCGCCAUUGAGUAUUCUAAUACAACUGUGAAUACAUACAUGUGCUAUGUUCCAUUCACACAGAGACCGAGUUAAAGGUCAGUAUAAGCGAAAUGUCAGCAACCUUAUGUGAGUAUGAACCUUUGUACAGUUUUCCAGGCUCUCUUGGAGGUAAUGUAUAACUGGUGUCAAGUGCCUUUGUAAACCAGAUUGUUAUCUUGCAAAUGUAAUGUAUUGGAAAGUAUUUUUUCCUUUCACACUCUCAUUGGAGGGGGAUAUCAGCUGGUUUUGACUUUCAUCAAUUACCAAUAAGUGUUUGUGUUUACAUGACCUCCAGCUGAAAUGAAGUACCAUCUAUUGUCCUCACUCAACUAUAAAAUACUUUGUCAAAAAAUGGUAUUUAUACUUCCACAAAUUGGUCAACCUACAUGUACCAAAGAGACUGCUCCAGAGCUGAAUUUAACCUCAAUAUUUUGUUUGAUGCUUUCUUCUAGAACUACUGAACAUAUAUGAGUAGAUGAUGUAGUAGACAUUCUGGCAAGCCAAAUUGUUCUGUGAAAGUGAGUUGAUGUUCUUUGUUUUGUUUGCAUCUAGAAAGAAUUGACAACUCUCUGGUAUAAUUCUGUAAAAAAAGAUAUUGUGAAUUUUUUUUCACUUGAAUUGAGAAAAAAAGAUCUAUACAUAUUUUUCUUCAAUUCUGUAUAUCUUGAAAAACCCUUACUAAAGUUUGUAAUAAUGAGUCAUUGACUCGUGUGUUUUCAAAGUAAAUUGCCUUUUUGAAGUGAAACAACACGCUAUUCAGCAUAUUUUGUAGAUAUUAUGUCUUACAAAUAAUAUGCAGCUGACAAGAAUAUUAUUUUUUAAGAAGAUAUUUUUCUGUACAGUUAAAAAAAACAACAACAAUAAUUGAGUGCCAAGAAGAUUCAAUCAAGUUUGAACAAUGCUCCAUAUAAGUUAAAGAGCUCUAGACCAUAGUGCAGUGUAGCGAUGUUACAUUGCGGAAUUCAUGGGUAAAUGUAUGUUUACAUGUAUGUGCAUGUAAUUAAUGAACUUGUAGUUUAGUGAUUUCACUGACUUGCCCAAUCUUUCUCAAGAACAAUAUUUAUGUCCUGACAAUUUUUAUGUUUUAUAUUGAUGUAAUAUAUUUUCAUUGUGCAUUUUUGCAGGUGUCUUAUUUGCCGUAUCGUGCCUUGUAAAGUUUAACAUUGUGACAGUUCAAUUUGAAAGAAAACAUUUAUAGAUUAGAUCAAAAUUAUGUUGGUGUGUAACAUCCUAAGAAGGUUUGAUAUGAUAGAUUCUGAAAAGCAUAUUUACUUAUUGGCGAUUGUAAACUUUUUCAGAUACAGUAAGUCAAUUUUACCAGGAUCGUUUCCCCUUUUCGUAAUCAAUUUUUAAUUGGGAAUUCUUUAAUCAGAAUACCUUUAUGCCCUCAUUUCUACAUGAACAAAAUGCUCUGCAUGAGAAAGCAAUGUUGAUGUUAAUUUGAAAUUCUUUACCAAGCAUUAUACAUACAAAGUUAUCAGUGUACAAAUUAGCACUUAUAUCUUUUCUUAAAAGAAGAUCACAAAAUAGUAAUUGCUGGUAAUUAAAUGUGGUAUUCUUGCUUGAAAUAAUAAUCAUUCAAGUAAACAUGUUAGGGAUACUUCUCAGUGGUCUAUGUGAGUCUACACAUUCAAUAAACAUACAAAUUAAAUAAGAAUGAAAUAAGUAGACUUGAUGUAGGCAAAGUAUUGUUUACAUGUUUUUAUUUCUUCAUUCAUCUUCAUUAAAUUGAUAGUAAACUUUCUUCUCCAGUGCUAUUUAAAAGUAAUCAACAUGUUUGACAGUUGAUUUUUUUCAGAUUGAGCAUUCUACAUUUCAGAUUCCCAGAAUGUCAUUGAACUUGUUCUGUGUGUACAUUGGGAGUACCAAAGUGUUAUUAUUUUAUGCUUAGCCCCAUCAUUUUUAGUGAUGUACUGAAGAUAAUCAGUCACAGAAUGGGUGUGUGUCCUAUUAAUAUAUUUUAGAAAUUAAGAAUUGUAAUUUACAAAACACUUGUACCUUAAAUAUUCAAUGUAUAUUCAGUAUCUUAAAUAAAAGACUAGAAUGUGUUUCGAAUUUGUUAAAUUAGAUUGCCCUCACAGCCGUCUUCUGCAUAAUAGAAAAUCUAUUCAUGAAUGUAUGAGAUACUGGCACGAACCAAAACUUCAUAAUUUAAGUGUGGUCGAAGAAUAUCAUUAUAAAGCAUAAUCACAGAUUAUGGUGGUACAUAGUUUCUCAUCCUGUACUUAAUUCCAACCUUCUUGCAAAGUUUUUCAGUAACUCUAUAUGUUCUUGGGUACCUUGAGGGCACUAGAUGGGAUGGUACAGGCUUGAAAUGAUCCAGCUCAUUCUGAUAUGGGUGUGGGUAAGAUUACUGUCUUGCGGCUUCUCCACUGCAAUGGCUCUUUCAAUAUUCACACUUUCAGGUAAUCAUUGUCAUUUUGAUUACCUAGUAUGAAAGCAUACAGUAAAUUUUCAUGACCAUUCUAAUACGAAAACAUGUACACUUUAAUAGACCUCUGACAGAGAUUGCUAUAGUAGGUGGAACGGAGCUGGUUGUGUUUGCUCAAAUUGUUGCGCUAAAAUAUUUAUUAUUCUUUCCCAGUUAAAAACACCCCUCAUCCAAUCUAGAACAAUUAUUCUCUAAGUGGUGAAUUACAUGAAUUUUAUAGAUAACAGGGUUUGUACCAGAUCUACGUGCUUAUAUUCUGUUACUCAAUCUAUGAGUAAAUUUGUUGAGACCUUGAUACGUGCCAAUUUGUUUUUCCAAGAUAAUGGUAUGAAUGGUAUAUAGAUUUUCCCGUUUCCCUUGUGUAAAUUAGGAAUCUUGUAAUAUUUGCAAUGUAGGUGGAGGUUUAAUAAUCCCAAUCCCAUUCAGGGAUAGCCCAUUUUGAAUGUAAAUUGUGAUACAUACGGGAUUCAAAAUGCUUUCAUCAGAUGCAUAUCUUUGUAUCCCUCCACGCUUUCAUGUUUUAAUCAUUCAAUCAGAUCCUUUUCUUCCUCCUAGUUAUAGUAUUAACCUUUUUAUAGCAUCCAAAAUGAAGCUAGUAUCCUAAGGUGGCUUCCAUGGUGUCUGUUGAAUUAGUCUGUAGUUCAUGGCUUUUUCACGCCUCUCUUGAUCCUUAGUAAGAGGUUACCAGAGGUCUUCCAUAACAACAAUAAUGCCUCAAGCCAUGGGGGAUAACUAAUGUAAAUUCAUGUGCUCUUAACCCCCCGCUUCAGUUUCUUUUGUUUCUUUGGGAAAGAUUGAUGAACGUGCAAGAUUCUGCUUUCAACUGUAAGAAUAUAAAGUAGUAUUCCCAGAGGCAUGUGGGAGUAAUGUUUCUGCAGUUCUGACAUGGGUUGGCUGCAAUUUGAUAACCGAUAGUUAUGCAGGUGGCUGAGUGUAAUAGGAAUUUGAUUAAUGGAGUAUCUUGUAGCAAAGAAUAAAGAAUGAAGGGAAAGAUUUAGAUUUUUUUUGGUCAUAAGAAACUCACCUUUAUAAAACAAGGUGUUGAAGGCCUUGGUACAUCCCAAAGGCAUGGUGUAUUGGAUGGACUCUUUGAAGAAUAAUCUUCAGGUUGAAUUUGACUUUCAACAGCACAGAAGAUGGGCAUUCCCUUCAGUUCCCUCGGAAACAUUAAGGACCAGAUUAGAUCUUCAAGAUCGAUUUUCCAGGUCGUCAAUUGUAUCCAUGCAGGACUCUUUUAACUUCUCCCCCAAUCUCCUAUGUCUUUGUUACAAUUUCUUUACACUUGCACUCAUAAAGACUCCUGCAUUGUAGUGAAAUGAAGGUCUGAACAUUUCUCUUCUGCAGAAAACCAUGGUGGUGGUGUGAAUUCUAACCACACCCCUGGCAGGGCUGACCAGGGCCUUAGGAUGUAGAUGGUUUAGCUAGUAUUGGUAUUAGACUCAUGAUGUUUGCUUCCUCACUUGAACACUCGCUGAAUUUCCGUUUUUUGUUACUUUCAUUUUUCUUUUCAAUGUCUCCUGCUCUGUUAUGCUUUUUACUUCUAGGCAUUUUGAUCAUCAGAACAAAUUCAAAAUGUAGAUUCAUUAAUCAGGCUGAUGCUCCGCAUUUGUUCCAAUCAAUCCAUGUACUCUCUUAAAUGUUUAAAAUUUACCGUAGGAUGCUGUAUAUCUAUUGUUCUCCUUGCCUGGGCAAUCAAAAGUCGCACCAAGUCAAGCAAUUAAAUUUUUAAUCUGGCUGUAUUAGCAUGUAAUAAACAGUUGUAUUCAACUUUUUUAAUGGUCUGGAGUUAAGUAAGCAAUCGUUGUCGGCAACCUAAAUUUUUACCGAAUUUCCUCUGGAACUGUGAAAUUAUCAUUCAUGUAGUUGCUAGCAAACUUUAUUUCCUGAUUUGUGAUUUUGUCAUGAGAAAGGUAGACUGGAAUGAGACAAUGUCAAGCACUGAAUAUUGGCCCGUAUUGAAUGGUGUGAUAUUUUGUUGUUUCUAUAUUGAAGUGUGACUCUCUUCAAACUAAGAGGUCAAUUGUUCAUGAGUUUCUCAGUGCUUAACUGGACUAAUUCCCCAAAUUAUUAUGGGUGAUUCUGACCCCCCCCA